AUGCUGAGCGAAUCCCCAGCCCUUCAACCGCAACCACUCGCCAUGCCCGCCGCAACGUCAUCUAGCAAUGCGGGUUCGGGUGGCGGAACUGGCAAUGGAGAGAAUGCCGCUGUGGAACUGCUUUCCCCAGUCCUCCAUACGAAGAACCCCAGGCUCAAGGCUAACAUGGCAAUCCGCACAGUUGCUACCAACCCUAAAUCUGCGAAUAGCUUCCCCCCACCUAAGACGGACAAACCGAGACCCCACGUCUGCGGCACCUGUCAACGGUCCUUUGCCCGAUUGGAGCAUCUCAAGCGUCAUGAGCGGUCACACACGAAAGAGAAGCCCUUCGAGUGCCCGGAAUGUGCGAGAUGUUUUGCUCGCCGCGAUCUCCUGUUACGCCACCAGCAGAAGCUACACAUGACAACCACCCCAUCUUCCAGGCCUCGGAAUCGACGAGAGAGCGCGGUAAGCAGUACUGCGGGAGGACCGGGCCGGGUGCGCAAAGGGUCGGUUGCCAAUGGACAUGGAGCUGCAACGAUGAGACCAAGAGCGAACACCAUUAGCCAUGUUGAUGGUGCCCACAUGCAAUUAAUGGCCGCUACGAAUGUUGCUGCUGCUAGAGGUGGUCUCAACUCGACGCAUAGUCGCCAUCCCAGCCUUGCCGGAUUACCAAUGCAGAAUGAUUAUCACUUUGGAGGUAUGUCUGCGGCGAUGGGCCAGCGAGGCAUGAAUCACGGUUUGCCAAAGCUCGAAACCCAAGGCUUCAAUAAUGUCGAGUUUGGCGGCGGCUUAAGGACGGCUCCAAUCGUUGGUGGGUUCAAUGCAGAGUUUGACUUUGAAGGCCUGCUCUUUGGACCUGGCUCUACAAUCAACCCGAAUGCGCUUCAUUAUAACGAAUCUCCACAAUCGAUGGCAAUCGACUCUGCCUCCCCCUACCAUCAAGGGUUCUCGGAUAUGUCCACUAACCAGACUUUGGACGAGAAUUUUGACUGGAUGAACGGUUUCGAGCACCAAAUGUCGUUUAAUGAGGCCAAUGAGAAUGCUAUCGAUGGAUCAUCCCCUUCCGCCAUAAGCACGGCAAGCCAGAGCGGCAUCAGCGAGGUUAUGCUGGACGGAUCUAACAAUCCGGCUACCUCUUCAGCGUCUAUGUGGCAGCAAUCUAUGAUGGCACCACCGCUGAUGACGCCUAACCCGUUUACCUUGGAUCUUGCAAAUUCCGGGUUCAACGACCUGAUGAAUGGUGGGCCACUUUCGCCGCAUAGCUUGCCACAAAAACAUGGCAAUGAUCCUUAUUUCUCAACGCCACCACCGUCCAUGAGCUCAGUAAGCCCAUCAAUGAUGUCCGGAAUCACAACUCAAGCAUUUCACCCACCUAUGAACCUAGGCCCAGAAACGCCAAUUUCUAUGAGUGGGUUCAACACCCAGUCAUUGCUGCCUAUAGCCACUAUUACAGAUACCACCCGCCAAACUCUCUGCGCCGCAUUGGCUCAAUGCACCCCUUUUGGUGGCCGAAAAUACUCCUUCCCAGCGACAAGCUCGCCCUUGUCUCCUCAUUUCCCUGGACGAGCUAGUGGAGUGGGCGAUGUAUCACGCAGUCUCCCUAGCACUCAAGAUCUCCAACGGUAUAUUGGGGCAUAUAUUCGAUAUUUCCACCCCCACCUUCCUUUCCUUCACAUACCCACUCUCUCAUUCGAAGUGCCUGCCUAUUCAAACGACGGAAACCACGCCGCUGGCUUAAUCGGAGGACGUGGAUGUCUCAUCCUCUCAAUGGCCGCAAUCGGCGCUUUGUAUGAGCUGGAACAUGCUCAGUCGAAGGAUUUGUUUGAGUCUGCGAAGAAGAUGAUCCAGUUAUACUUGGAGGAGCGCCGAAAGGCUGAUGUCCGAAAGGCGGAUCACCGAAAGACUGGUGUUGACCCAUGCUCGAGACUCCUUGAAAACUCGGUUCACACUCCGGUCUGGCUUGUCCAAGCAAUGUUGCUUAAUGUGGUUUAUGGCCAUAACUGUGGCGACAAGACUGCUGGUGAUAUUGCGAGUACACAUUGUGCAGCUCUGGUUAGCCUCGCGCGGGCUGCAGAUCUCCUCAAGCCGCAUGGUAGCCAAAGUUCUCCUGAGCGCCAAGAAAUGGGACAGUGGGGAGGUGAUGAAGUCCCAGAGGACCAACGGGACUGGUACCAUUGGAAGAUUUUGGAAGAACGGAAGAGGACACUCUAUGCUGUCUUCAUCCUCUCGAGUCUCCUUGUGUCUGCCUACAACCACGCACCGGCUUUAACCAACUCCGAGAUUAUGUUAGACUUACCAUGUGAUGAAGAAUUUUGGUCUGCGGAAUCAGCAAGCAGCUUCUAUGCAAAAGGGGGUGCAAGAAUGGCUGAUCAUAAUCAAGUCACUUUCCACGAUGCACUGGGUGAACUCUUGCGAACGAGCGAGAAACAACAACAAUUUCAUGUAGCACAAGGCCAGCCCUUCGGAUCGAGCAGUAGCGCCCAAGAGCUGCCCAAGAGUGAUCUACGACCUAGUACAUUUGGAUGUCUAGUAUUGAUCAACUCCAUUCACAAUUAUAUCUGGGAAACAAGACAAAGACACCAUAACCGAGUCUGGACGAAUGAGGAGACGGAAAAGAUGCACCGCCAUAUUGAGCCAGCUUUGAAGGCUUGGCAAGCGGCUUGGGCAAGCAAUCCUCAUCAUAGUCUUGAACGACCAAAUCCGUACGGCCUCGGUCCUCUAUCUGCCGAUAGUAUCCCUCUCUUGGAUCUUGCUUACGUGCGCUUAUUUGUCAAUCUUUCACGGUCAAAGGAAAAAUUCUGGCAGCGAGAUUGGGAUGGAAUGGCUGAGGAGUUGUCUCGUGGCAACGAGAUCAUUCAGCACGCCGAGCAUUCGCCCGACUCCAACGGCGACUCAGACAUGUCUGGUUCCAACUCUGUUUUCGUUGAUACACCUCCGACAUCAAACUCAUCCCCGGAUUUUAUGGCUGCGCAAUUGCUCCCGAAUAACUCCUCGCACCAAGAUAAUGCUGCUCAUUCAAGUGGGUCCGCACAAAUGUCAAACCAGUCUAUAUCUACGUCGAGGCGUGAACGCCAUCUCCGCAAAGCUGCAUUUUAUGCAGCGGACUCAUUAUCGAUGUCGGACAAGUUAGGCGUCACAUUUGCCGACUUCACAUCCCGAGAAUUGCCUUUACAAUCAGCGAUGUGUGCCUUCGAUUGUGCUCAGGUACUCGCAGAGUGGGUUGCAACUGUCCAAGAACGGGUUGGGCGCUAUUUAGGCAUUCUCGGCAAGGACGAGAUUGAUCUAGGUCAGGUUCCUGGCAUUAUGUUGCUUGAAGAGGAAGACUGCAAACUCCUUAAUAAGAUACAAGAGGUGCUAAAUAGUGCUGAAAUCAAGAUGAAUUACGAGUUAGCUGGUAUGAAUGCUGUAGCUCAGAUUAACGCUGCGCAAAAGCUUCCGGGGGCCGACGAUGGUGGUUAUGGCAGCCAGAUUUUGAGGGUUACAGCUUAUAUGCUUGAUAAAGCUGCCGUUUGGCCUGUCACACAUCUUAUGGCUCGCAGUCUUGAGACGCAAGCCAGCCACAUGCGAGCCCGAGCUGAGAAUUCGGUUGCACAGCGGGAAUGA